UAGUUUAUGCUCGAUGGAAAAAUUGAACAAAUUUGAGAUUGUUUAUUUUACCAAGAAUAGUAUUCUAAGACGUAGUGAUCAUAUUCUCUUUGUAGUAUUCCAGCAUAUAGCAUAUUAUUUGGAGCUUUAAUACCUGUUUUAGUAUAUUUUGUAUGGAUUUGAAACUAAAUCCUAUUUGAAAAAUUAUACCUCUAUAUUUACGUGACGCUAAAGAACAAUAGAAACGAGUUUCUAUCUAACGAUGGAGUCGUCAGCGUUACAGGGUACAGAUAAUGUUUGCGUAAAGGUUGAGCCCUGUGAAGAAGUGUGUAUAACAUAUGAGCUCACGUCCCCGGAACUCGCGGAAGUGUCUGUGAAAAUUGAACCGCUGGACGAUGUGUGUGUAAAAGACGAGUCCAAACGCGAAUAUGUAUAUAUAAAAGCUGAGCCUUCAUGCUCAGAUGCGAGUGUAAAUGAGUCGCCCGGCGUGAGCGCGGUGACGGAGCUGUACUCCGAACAGGCCGUGAAAGAUGAGCUCGUGCCCAGCCCCGAGCUAGUAGAGCGGCGCGUGCGCCACGCACCAACAGCUUUCAACGUAGCGAUAGAAGUGAAGCAGUCGUAUGAGAUUGUCCCCAAGAGCACAGACCGGGACAGCCCAAGACCAGUUCCUGAAGAUGGUGUAGAGGAACACAGGAAGACCAAAGUUGGGAAAGCUAAAAUAAAGAAACAAGAGAAAAUUCCACAGAAGAGACAAACAGCACAGAAUCUCUACAAAUGUAGCCAGUGUAGUUAUUCUACUAACAAAAACAGUAAUUUUCAAGUUCAUGUAAGGAAACACACUGGUGAAAAGCCUUACAAGUGUGACCAGUGCAGCUAUGCUAGUGCAAACAAACGUCAUUUGCGAGUUCAUGUAAUGAAACACACUGGAGAGAAACUUUAUGAAUGUGACCAGUGUACUUUUGCUAGUAAUUACAAAAAAAGUGUAUUAAUCCAUGUAAGAACACACACUGGUGUAAAGCCUUACAAAUGUGGCCAAUGUAGUUAUGCUAGUGCACACAAACGUGGUUUAAAAGUUCAUGUAAUGAAACACACUGGAGAGAAUCUUUACAAAUGUGACCAGUGUAGUUAUGCUUGUGUACUCAAAAGUAAUUUUGAAAGUCAUGUAAGAAAACAUACUGGCGAAACGCCUUACAAAUGUGAUCAGUGCAGUUAUGCUAGUGCAUAUAAAGGUGCUUUGAAAGAUCAUGUAAGGACACAUACUAAUGAGAAACCUUACCAAUGUGAUCAGUGUAGUUAUUCUAGUAUCAGCAAACAUAGUUUGAGUAAACAUAUUCUAAGGAAACACACCGGUGAAAAGCGUUACAAAUGUGACCAGUGUAGUUAUGGUAGUAAUUUCAAAUAUAAUUUCUCAAUCCAUAUGAGAAAACACACUGGUGAAAAACCUUACAAAUGUGACCACUGUAGUUUUGCUAGUACUGACAAACAUUAUUUAUUAGUCCAUACAAGAAAACACACUGGCGAAGAGCCUUACAAAUGUGACCAGUGUAGUUUUGCUAGUAGUUACAGAAAUCAAUUAUCAAUGCAUAUAAAAAAACACACUGGUGAAAAGCUGCACAAAUGUGGCCAGUGUAAUUAUGCUAGCGCAUACAAAGGUGGUUUAAAACGUCAUUUACUGAAGCAUACUAACGAGAAACCUUAUAAGUGUGAACAGUGUAGUUAUGCCAGUGCAUACAAAAGUGCUUUGAAAACUCAUGUAAAGAGACAUACCUUGACGAUGGAGUCGUCAGCGUUACAGGGCGCAGAGAGUGUUUCCGUGAAGGCUGAGCCCUGUGAUGAUGUGUGUAUCACAGAUAAGCCCACGUUCGAGGUAGUGUUGCUGAAAUCUGAACCUUUGGAUGACGUGUGUGAAGACGAGUCGCUCGACGUGAGCGCGGCGCCGGAAGUGUACGCUGACCACGCCGUAAAAGAUGAGUCACCAACAGACUGGGCGCUCGGUGACGCAGACGGUAGUCCGCAGGCUUGGGGCCGCGACGACGCCAAAUCACACCACACACCCACGACCACGAGUUCGUCAAUGCUUGCUGAACGUUCUUCAUCCCGCCAGAAACAAAGACCAUAUCAAUGCAAAAUAUGUAAAAAGCAAUUUAGUGACUUGAGAACGUCAAAUAGACAUAUACUAACACACACUGGCGAAAAACCAUAUGGAUGCGAAUUGUGUCAAAAAAAGUUUUCACGAAUAGAUAAAUUAAACGUACAUAAACGAGUUCACACCGGUGAAAAACCAUAUCAAUGCGAUUUAUGUAACAAACAAUUCGCCGAUUUGAGUACUGUAAAGAGACAUAAGCUACUAAUACACACCAACGAAAAACCACAUCAAUGCGAAUUGUGUAAAAAAUUUUUUUCACGAAUAGAUAGAUUAAACGCACACAAACGAAUUCACACCGGCGAAAAACGGUAUCAAUGCGAAGUAUGUAACAAGCAAUUCAGCGAAUUGAGUAGUAUGAAGAGACAUAAGCUAAUACACACUGGUGAGAAACCAUAUCAGUGUGAGUUAUGUAAAAUGUAUUUUCGAGAAUUGAGUACUUUGCAUAAUCAUAAACUAAUACACACCGGUGAAAAACCACAUCAAUGUGAUAUAUGUAAGAAAACGUUUAGACAAUAUGGUCAAUUAGGCACACAUAAACGAGCCCAUAAUCGUAAGAAACAUGUAAAAAGCGAUUCCGAUUCUUGAGUUCAAUAAAUAAACAUACAUGAGUCCACACCGCCAAAAAAAGCAUAAAAAUGUAAACUGUAAAAAACUUUUGCAAUAGGGUAACUCAAGUUUAUAUAACGAGUUCACGCUAGUAAAAAAAUAUACGCAUGCAAAUCUGAAACAAAUUUACUUAAAGUUUUGAAUUCGAUUUAAAGUACAUGAAAGAACAUACCUACCUCGGAGAAAAGUCAAAUACUUCAAAAGGGUCUCUAUUGUUUGACAUAAUUAUUGAAAGUCGUAAUGUAAUGAUUGUCAUAUUAUCAUUAGUCAUAAUUUAGGUUUUCUCAGAAACGUGUAACUUUUCAGGAUUGCCAUAAAACAAACCUAACCUAACCUAUAUAACCCGAGGAAAAUCCUGAAAAGUUAACGGUUUCAGAAUUUCGACUAAUGAUAAUAUGACAAUCAUUACAUUAUGACUUUCAAUAAUUAUGUCAAACAAAGACCCCACUUGAAAAAUAAUUAUGUAAAAAGGUAUUAAAAAAUUAUAUGCGCUGUACAGUUGUGGAACAAGUUGCCAUUAUCCCUUAGACAGUCCCAGUCGGUCGCAUCACUCAAGGGAAAAUUAC